GGCUCAGUAAACGCGACUGACCAGAUGGGGCCAGGUGAGCAGCUUCAGGACUGGGAGAAAACGAUUUGAACCCUGGUCGAGGGUAAUGCUGUGAAGUAGCCAAAAUCAUUGCAAUGGAUAGGACUAUGACUCGGAAAGCUGCCAUCACCUGGUUCACCACCACUCAAGCUGCAAAGCUGAUGAGAGGCGGCACAGUGCCAGACUGGUUCUAUGGCAUCAUCACCCGGAGAGAAGCUGAACACUUGCUGAAGGAUAAACCUCAGGGCUGUUUCCUCAUCCGUGUUGGUGAGAGUCGGAUUGGAUUUAGUCUCUCGUACAGAGCAUUUGAUCGAUGUCGCCAUUUUAUCAUUGAUGUGACGACAGAUGGACAGUACAACAUCACAGGAGAGCCAAUAUUCCACAAUUCACUGCAGGAUUUGGUCAACUACCACUCUCAGUUUCCCAUUGACCCCUACACUGAAUGCCUGACCAUACCUUGUGAACAGCUGAGCCAGUCCCCUGUCCAUUAUGAAGAGUUGUGUAUUUUUGUUCCCACAAUGGAGGCACAGAGCUCACCGAAUCGUCAUUCACGUUCCUCAGUUGGGGGUUCUGAUCCAGUGCCCUCAGACUCUGCUCCUGACAGGUGGACUGCUAAUCAAUCAAAACAAGUGUCCUGUGGCACUCCAUUACCCCCAAGAGGAGAUGGUCAGAAUUUGCCUCCUCUUCCACUUCCACGCCGAGGAGUCACCAACUCGAAACCAACACCAGAGACUGGAGACUUCUCUAGUGGUCAGCCUCCUCUCCUGCAAGUGAAGACACUUGACCUUUCAUUCAGCCAGCUGACUGCCUCCUCUAUGGAGCAGGAGCCCAUUCCUGCUGUGUCUGCUUCUGAUCCCCAGAAUUCAAGAAAUCAGCCCAGCAGCCCUGAUACAACAAACUGUCAUUCAAAUACUGAAUUUAAGCAUCAAGACAAUGAUAACCUCAACAGAAGACAGUCUAACCCCAUUCCUCCUCCAAGACAGCCCACUGAUCACCCUAACCCUAGGCCCAUCUCUCCCCAGAGACAGCCCACUGAUCACCCUAACUCCAGGCCCAUUUCUCCCCAGAGACAGCUCUCUGAUCACUCCAACCCCAGGCCUAUCUCUCCCCAGAGACAGCCCACUGACCACUCCAACCCGAUACCUAUCCCUCCCCAGAGACAACCCACUGAUUAUCCUAAACCCAGGCCAAUACCACCCCCAAGACAGUCCACUGAUCAGCCUAACCCCAGGCCUAUCCCUCCCAAGAGAGAGCGCAUUGAUCACUCCAACCCCAGGCCAAUCCCUCCCCAGAGACAGCCCACUGAUCACUCCAACCCCAGGUCCAUACCAUCCCCAAGACAGCCCACUGAUCACUCCAACAUCGGGCCGAUCCCUCCCCAGAGAGAGUCCACUGAUCACUCCAACCCCAGGCCAAUCCCUCCCCAGAGAGAGUCCACUGAUCACUCCAACCCCAGGCCAAUCCCUCCCCAGAGACAGCCCACUGAUCACUCCAACUCCAGGCCAAUCCCUCCCCAGAGAGAGUCCACUGAUCACUCCAACUCCAGGCCAAUCCCUCCCCAGAGACAGCCCAUUGAUCACUCCAACCCCAGGCCAAUCCCUCCCCAGAGAGAGUCCACUGAUCACUCCAACUCCAGGCCAAUCCCUCCCCAGAGACAGCCCAUUGAUCACUCCAACUCCAGGCCAAUCCCUCCCCAGAGACAGCCCACUGAUCACUCCAACCCCAGGCCAAUCCCUCCCCAGAGAGAACCCACUGAUCACUCCAACUCCAGGCCAAUCCCUCCCCAGAGACAGCCCAUUGAUCACUCCAACUCCAGGCCAAUCCCUCCCCAGAGACAGCCCAUUGAUCACUCCAACCCCAGGUCCAUACCAUCCCCAAGACAACCCACUGAUCACUCCAAACCCAGGCCAAUCCCUCCCCGGAGACAGCCCAUUGAUCACUCCAACCCCAGGCCAAUCCCUCCCCAGAGAGAGUCCACUGAUCACUCCAACAUCGGGCCGAUCCCUCCCCAGAGAGAGUCCACUGAUCACUCCAACAUCGGGCCGAUCCCUCCCCAGAGAGAGUCCACUGAUCACUCCAACCCCAGGCCAAUCCCUCCCCAGAGAGAUCCCAUUGAUCACUCCAACUCUAGGCCAAUCCCUCCCCAGAGAGAUUCCAUGAUCACGAUACUAACAUGAAAUAUACAGGUGACUCCUCUUCAACUGUGAAUGAUGAUGACCUGCCUUUCCCAACACAAAACAACUCUCAUCACUCUCCCAGGAUCACACGUAAUCAGGACCUAUCACGGGGUCAGUCCCUACCACAAGGUCAGCCCCACAGACCCACCAUCUGUUCAAUGCCGUUUGGUGAGAAGGAGACAGUGGAAGGUGCUCAGUUGCUGACUGAGGGAGAACAGGAAAGUGGCAGCUUUGAUCUUCCUAUAGAAUAUAUGACUCCUCCUCCAUAUGCUCCUGGAUAUUAACCCAGCCAAAAGAUUGUGAAGAUGUAAAGUUACUGAUAAAAGAUUUUUGCCUUUAAAAUUGUUUAAGCCAGUCCCGAAACAAAUCCUGGAUUAUUGUAGCUUGCCAUUAACCUGCUUCCCACUUGCUGCCUUAUCUCGCUCUUGAAAGGAACCUGGGGACAGGUCUCACUGACCUGGUGAAAUCUAAAAUAAAAACAGGAUCACCAGAGAACCUCUGGCAGUGUCUAUGGAGAGAAUAACAGAGUGAAGGGUUCCAGUCCCACAUGACUUUUUAGUAUUUUGUUUUUAUUUGGUGAAAGGGAAGAGCUGAGAGUGGGAUUAAAUUCAAUGACCUGGGGACUGGGAUUUUUAUGAUAUAAAUCCAUGAGUCUCAGAGGGAUAGAAAGCUCCAA